AUGUCCAACCCUCCCCGCCCCCUGCGCAUCGCCUGUCUACAUGGCUUUCGUCAGAACGCUCAACGAUUCCGUCAGAAAACAGGAGCUCUUCGCAAGUCUCUGGAACGCAACAUUCACCUCAUCGACCCCUCCUUGGCCCCCUCCUCCUCCUCCGACGCAGUCGCCCUCGCGGAACUGGUUUAUAUUGACGCUCCAUUUAUCGUGGAGCGCAUUCUCGAAGAGCAAAUCAACCCAGAUUGCAAACCAAAAAUGAGAACAAUUUACUCUCCCAAUACACCCGCUAUUUCUUCUUUGCGGAAUGCUGUAGAUUCUGACCAAACUCUCAAAAACUUGACUCAACGCACUUGGUGGGCCCACGAGGGAAGGAGUUACACCGGGUGGCAGCAAUCUAAAGAAUAUCUUCGUGCUCACUUCGCUGAACAGCAAUUUGACGGUAUUCUUGGGUUUUCACAAGGAGCCGUAAUGACAUCUCUCCUGUGCGCCAUCCAACAAAACCCGACGUACUAUGUCCCAGAAUUUUCCUCUGUCCGCUUUGCAAUUAUGUUCUCCGGCUUUCCUUCCCGUGCAGAUGAACAUCAACAUCUUCUCAUCAAACCUAUGGACCUACCCUCCAUGCAUGUCUGGGGUUUAAAGGAUGAAACGAUCCCUGCGUAUGCUUCGAGAAAACUCGUCGAGAAAUUUCGAAUCGAAGACCGCUGUACCCUGGAACAUAGUAACGGCCACAUGGUGCCCAGCGAUGCUGCCUGCCGAAACAGCGUUUGCGAAUUUCUCCUGCCAUUUGCGAGAGAGCAGUACAAAGCAACCAAGGAGUCGCCUCGGGCUGCCUUGUAGCUGGACUAGUGUCCGCGUGAUUUCACAUGUAGUUGUCCAGAGUCUGAGAGAUCUCUCGUGUUGCAUUAGCUCCGCCCCCUCCUUGAUCGCCCCAACGACCUAUUCGCUUUCGCACGUUGAGCUUCAAGCCAAAUUUCGCGCCGCACAAUUUCAAGGGCAUCGUCGUGAUUGUUUCUCAGGCCCCCGCCCGUGGUGUGCAGGACGAUGUCGGUAGGGUCAGUAACAGUGUCCCUGGACGAUGAUUGAGUGAAGGACAAUUGAAAUAGUUGCAAGAUGUGUCAGUCAGUUAGUACCGAUGCGACACGAGAGAAGCUGGGGUCAAAAAGGCGGGAAGCAGUCGCGUACGUCGGGCGGUGUCGAAUUUCGGCAUCGAAUUGCUCAGCGUUGAUUUGGCCGAGAAGCGAUUGACACCCGGGAUUAAAGACCGAGUAGGCCGAAGGACCAUGUCUACGCUCCCCUAGAUUCCUUGCAAUGAUCACGAAUAUGGUAAGGGCAACGAAAAGCUGGAAGGCCGCAGGGUCAAAUUUGGCGGCGACUGUUGCGGCGACAAGCCAAACAACAAAUGCGAGUAACGACUGGCUGUUCAUAAGGACAUUGAAAGACGCCAGUGGAACAGCUGGGGCUGCCAGUCAGAUAUGCGCGGGGCGAAUAGGUUGAUAUAAGGCCUCUCCGUACAACAAACAGCUCUUCACCUCUACUUCAUCUCUGUCGAUACCGACUCUCGGAAACGCAUGGAGGGUUGCGUAAGGGAAAUUGUUGCCUCGACACAGUAAUCGGAGAGGGCAAUCAUAAUGAAAUUCCUCUCCAAUCGUCUGUCCUCGAUGUGCACUUCAGCACGCUGAGUGGAGUCCCGUUGGAUACCAAUCAGGGCUACAAUCGUUUGCAAUUGAAAGCGGCAGCAAUACUGUACCGUACUUGUAACGAUGAGACCAAUCACGAGCAGGGUAAAUCUGAUCCAAUGGAAGGGUCGUAUUUGGUUCAGGAA